GCAAGAUGGCCGGCGAGCCUAUUGAACUCUCGCGCGAUUCAAAUUGUAUUUAGACCGGAAAUACCCUAGCUAUUUCCUUUUUUCCAGCGAGUGCUGAGAGAGUAACGCGUUGUGAAAAUGAGCAAGGUUUCACGAGACACCCUCUAUGAAGCGACCCGAGAGGUCCUACAGGGGUCCAGGAAGAAAAGGCGAAAGUUUUUGGAAUCCGUUGAACUUCAGAUCAGCUUGAAGAACUACGAUCCUCAGAAGGACAAGCGUUUCUCUGGCACUGUCAGACUGAAAACUACCCCAAGGCCCAAGUUCUCUGUAUGUGUGUUGGGAGAUCAGCAGCACUGUGAUGAGGCAAAGGCUGCAGAAGUCCCUCAUAUGGACAUUGAGGCUCUGAAAAAACUCAACAAAAAUAAGAAACUUGUCAAGAAGCUGGCAAAGAAGUUUGAUGCCUUCCUGGCCUCUGAGUCACUGAUUAAGCAAAUUCCACGUAUCCUGGGACCUGGACUGAAUAAGGCUGGCAAAUUUCCUUCCCUUCUUACACAUAAUGAGAACAUGAUGUCUAAAGUAGAUGAGGUGAAGUCGACCAUCAAAUUCCAAAUGAAGAAGGUGCUGUGUUUGGCUGUUGCUGUUGGCCAUGUUAAAAUGAGCGAGGAUGAGCUGGUAUACAAUAUCCAUUUGGCCAUUAACUUCCUGGUUUCUCUGCUUAAAAAGAAUUGGCAGAAUGUAAGGGCACUGUACAUAAAGAGUACCAUGGGCAAGCCCCAGCGCCUCUACUAGACAGUUUUUUGUAUAAAUAAAAGUUAAUUUUG